CAAAAAUGACAUUUUUAGAAGAAAAGUGUGGCUUCCUAAGAAAUGAGGUUAUAUAUUAAUUCGGAAAAUGUUUCGGUUUUCUUCCAGAUCUAUUACUAUUUUAAAUAAUAUUACUAAACAGAGCUCUCAUACUUUUUUCCAUGAAAAAAGCUACAGAGCAGCAGUACAGAUACACCAUAAUUUUUAUUGUAGAUAUUUUUGCAAUGAAUCGAAAUAUAAGACUCCUUUAGGGAACUUAUUAAGCAGUACUAAACAGCAGGCUGAUACAGAUAAAAAUGAAGAACAAGAAGCCCAAAAACAGAGAGAACAGUCAUGGCGUACAAUGAAACUUGCCUUGAUAUUUUUUGGAGUCAGUUUUUCAUGUUUCGGGACUUAUCUCGUCGUUACAUUGGGGGCGCCAGAUAAAGAUGAAGAAGGUGUUCCAAUUAGGGAUGAAUUUUCUGACAAACCCCUUAUAAAAGCCUAUUUGAUGAGAACUUUUAGGGAACUAGAAUAUUAUCGGAGACUUAUUAAAGAGCCAUCAAGAGAAAAAUUGUUACCAGAUACAUUGCCGUAUCCUUAUAUUCAACCCAAGUAUACUUUAGUUUUAGAAUUAACUGAUGUUCUAGUCCAUCCUGAUUGGACAUAUAAUACUGGAUGGCGCUUUAAAAAGAGACCAUUGUUGGAUUACUUUUUGGAAUCAUUGAAAGAUCAGUAUGAAAUAGUGGUAUACACUGCAGAACAGGGUAUGACGGUUUUUCCUUUAAUAGAAGCCAUAGAUCCUAAAAAUAUUAUAGCAUAUAAAUUAGUCAGAGAUGCAACUCAUUUUACUGGAGGACACCAUGUGAAAAGUCUAAACAAUCUAAACAGAGACUUAUCAAAAGUUAUUUGUAUCGAUUGGAAUGCAAAUAAUGUGAAAUUUAAUCAAGAAAAUUUGUUCUGCAUUAAGAGAUGGAAUGGUAGUGAUAGUGACACGUCUCUAUUAGAUUUAGUUAGUUUUCUCAAAGCAAUUGCUGAUAAUGAUAUUGAAGAUGUUAGAGAAGUGCUAAAAGUAUAUAGCAAAUAUGAAGAUCCUGUUAUGGCAUUUAGGGAGAAACAGAAAAGGCUUAUAGAUGAAUUGGAGGCCCAAGCAGCAGCAAAGAAGGAACAAGAAAAAAGCAAGAUUUCCAGGUGGACACCAAGCUUUCUUAAGAAAUCUUAUUAAAAUUAAAUUAAUGAUAAAUUGUACAUUUUUUGUUUUUGUUAUUUUUGAAGAUUGAACUAUCUGAAACAAAUGCAGUAGAUUAUUUUAUGUAAACUGCAUUGUAAGAUGUAAAUUUUUUUUAGUCAUUAUCUGCCUUUUCCUAAAGUAAAAAAUGAUUUUUCUGAUGUAUUUUUUUUAUGAAAUAAACAAAAUUA